AUGCGAAUCGAGUAUCCCAAAGUUCGGAUCAUGGCACUUACUGGGACAGCUCCUCCGGAAGCAGUCAACGAUGUUAUUGAUCGUCUCGGGAUGCCUAAUUGCCUCCGCUUGACAGAAUCCCAUAAUCGCACGAAUUUGAACUACGUCGUUCGACAGAAAUGGAAGGGUGCCGUUCUCGCAGACGUUGUCGAAUUCAUUCGAACCAACUAUAAUGGACAGACCGGUAUCAUCUACGCUACAAGUCGAAAGAAAUGCGAGCACAUUGCUGCAGAGUUGCGGAAUGCUCAUCACUUGUCGGCAUUCCCCUACCAUGGGACAAUGGACAAGAAUGAGAUCACUCAUCGUCGUCUGACCAAUUUUGCUAAAUGUUCUGCGCAGAACGCGUUCGGAAUGGGUAUCAACAAAUCCAACGGCAUGGCAUUCUCACACGAUCUCAGAAGAAUGUGUCUGACAACUUGGGAGGCAGUUCGUUUCGUCAUCCAUCACUCUUUGCCGAAGGAUCUUGAAAACUACUAUCAAGAGGCAGGCCGUGCAGGGGGAGACAGUAGUCCUGCCGAUUGUGUCCUAUCCCACUCGUACCGCGAUUACAGGGCAGGGUGCGCGGAUGUUCCCAGGCGGACACGGUGA